GGUGUCAUUAAAAAGAGCAUUGAUGUCGUCGCCAUUAAGAUUCAAGAUUCAACCAUCCUCACUGCAUGCUGAUUCGGCUGCACGCACUGGCGAGCUUUUAGUGCUUAACACGGAGAUUAAUCAGGGCGAUGUCAUUGGAGGUCAGGAAUCUUCGAAACGAACAAUACAAACACCUGGCUGUUUCAUGUUUUCGACCAAAGGGUCUGUACCCCACUUGACACCAGAUAUGAUGCGCCAACAGAGAUACGGGGGCAUUAACGUCUUUCUGGAACAGCUUUUGCAGCCAGAUCAACCUGCAUCCUUCUCCAAGUGGCCAUCUAAGGAGUACACAUUAGCUAACUACCUCUAUUUGCAGGAUCUGAUUUUACUCUGUGAUUCACGCGAUCCAUCCUACACUUAUCCUUCACUUUCCCCUACUACAUCUACUAAUGAUGCCUCGACGAAAAGAAUCGGAUCUAACACAGAUCGACAUGUUUUUCUCUCGACUCCUAAAGGUGUUCGUCCCUUGACAUUAGAAGACUAUCUCCGAGUGGUUCGACAAUAUCGCCCAGAUAUCGUGGUGGCGAUGGCAGAUAAUUUUCAGGCAAACAACAAGACUGAUAUUAAAGGCAGUAAAUCUAGCAAUGAGGAGCCAGAUCAAAAGAAAAAGAGGGUUCAAAAGAGCAUUAACAGGACGUUAAAGUGGCUAGACCAAAUCUUGUUGGAGCGUCAAGGCAAGGAUGGGAUGAUAGAGGAUCGGAAAAUUGAAGAGGAAAAGAGGCGUAAAAGAGAGAAGCGUGAAAAGCGACGUACUUUAGCCAAAGAAGAACAAGAGCAAGGACAAGGACAAGAACAAAGGCAAGAGCCAAUGCAAGGGAAACAGUGUCAAGAUAGUGGAACUAAUUCGCCCAUUGAGGUUUCUGAAAUACAAACAGAGCCUUGGAUGGAUGUUUCAGUGUUUGCUCAUGUCCAAGGCGGACAAUUUGAGGAUGAACGAAUCAGGAGUGCGAAGGAGACGAGUGAGAGAAUAGAGGUGGAUGGAUUCAUCAUGGAUGUGGGUUCCAUGUCUAACGCGGGUUCUGAAAAAGAAAAAGAAGAUAUGUUUAAAUUUAUCCAAAUAUCUCUAAAGUAUCUUCCUAAAGAGAAACCUAAGAUGGCUUAUGGAAUCCACGCACCUGAGGAUAUUCUGAAAGCUGUAGCGCUAGGAGUUGACCUUUUUGAUACGUCAUACCCAUACCAAUUGACAGAAGACGGCAAAGCAUCACUGUACUUUUUUGGACCCAAUGGAUCAUUAUCAUCAUCAAAGAUGAUGAGGGGAGCAGUAGGAAGCAAUAAUCGCUGGCUUAAUCUAUGGGAUGAAGGGCAUAGCGAUAAAUUCAUACCUAUUUUAGAGGGUUGUGGAUGCUAUGCCUGCAAGGAUAACCGGCACACUCGAGCCUACAUUAAUCAUCUCUUAAAGGCACACGAAAUGCUUGCUACUGUACUUCUCAUGAGUCAUAAUUUAUAUCAAUAUUCGAUAUUCUUCGAUGCGAUCCGUGAGGCUAUUGCAUCAGGUACUCUUAAUCAGUACACGAAAGAAUUCGAACUGCACUUUGGUGUUGAGCCUGUACGUACAAAUGAGAAGCAUCAAACGCAGAUCUUGGUCGAAGCAGCAUUGAUGAAACGCAAUCAACGACUCGAGACUGCAGAAGCAGGAGUUGUGGAUGUCAUUGGUAGCGGAGUUAGUCUUGAGGAUGAGUCAGUCAGCCAGAAUUUUGUUAAUAAGCGACCGAUUAGUCAAUCUGAAGGCUCCGAAGAUUCGGACAGAAAGAAACCCAAGAAAAGUGAAGACCAUGACAAUGCAGCAUCUUAAAUACUGACACAAUUAGC